UGUACGAAUUUGUCGGACGUGGAUGCUGAUCUUUAAUCCAUUUCUAACCGAUCGGAUUUAAAACGACUUAUGUGCAUCCAAAUUGGUUUAAGAGUUGACAGACUCUUCGCAGAAACUGUAAACUUUUGGUGAAUUAUUGCUGCAUCUGAUUAGGAUGUGAGGCAGGCAACGGGUAACCUCAAAAUAUCAUGGCGUACUUCAUGGAUGGAAGAAAAACAAUAUUAUAGUGCUUUGGAGUCUUGAAAAGUCAGUGCACCCAUAGAUAAAAUGGCUCGUGUUCUGGUUUAUGAAAGAACCGUGAAGGCACUGAUCAGUGCUAUCAAUGAAAACUACAAAUCUGAUCAUAAUUCCAUUGGAAUAUUUACAAAAAUUAAGAAGGAACCUGAAGAUAUAUCGGAAUGUCAAAAUACUAGUAAGAGUAACGAUGGCAUACAGGAAACCUUGAAUAAUUCAAAAUCUUGGGUCGAUGGAAAUAUAAUGCAUAAUGAAAGCACCAUUGAUCGGUUACACCCAAUGGUUCAACGUUCAAUGGAGAGUUCCACGACGCAAGAUAAUUCUACCAUUUUUGAGAGAAAAAAUAAAAAACUUAAUGUUCCAAACCCGUCACCUUACGUACUCCAUGAAGGUUUCCAGGUAGCACGUGCAGACAGAUUUACUGCAAAUAUUUUGGAAACCACUACGAAAGACAAUAAUGAAAAAAGAAGAAAGAGAAAAAGAAGCCUUGAAAACUUGGCUCCCGAUCAAGUCCCAGAAGAGGAUACGCGUAGUAAAAAAACGAGGCUUAGUACUUCCUUGCGACGUAGGAACAGUGACGGUACGUGGUUACAAGUUCUUCAAGAAAAUAAACCAAAAGGAAGAAGAAAAACGACUUCGCACAUGCCCAACGAUCUUAUUCCACGGUCUGAUGAAAUAGACAAGUUCUACUGUAAUAUAUGCCAAUUAUCUUUCGACAGUCGUGCUCAGAUAGUCAGACACAAUGUAAUUUAUUUAAAACCUUGUAACUUCCACUGUCGUCCUUGCAAUGUUCGGUUUCCAUCGCAAACAAAAUUGACAGAGCAUCGAAAGUCAGCACAUUCUCGGGCAGCUAUUUCGAACAGCACGUUAAUAAUGUGCGAUUGGUGCAAGCAAAAAUUUCUUAAAAAGUCUGUAUUACAAGCUCAUUUGUUUCAUUUCCAUACUGCUUUAGACUUUCAUGAACCAAGAGGUGCAGUUUCCAUAAACUUACAAGAGAUCCGUUCGUUAGGGCUUCAUCCGCGUGUACGUACUCGGAGAAUACAUUCUGAGAAUAAUCUAGAAGUUCGAAAAUCAAGGCCUGAUCGGAAGCUUAGACAAACGAUAUUGACUGAGUUUUUACAGUCAUCCAGUGUACGAGAAGAGCAAGAAUCUUUAGUUAAUGCCGGACAAGUUAAUGGUAGUGUUUCCACACAAGUGGACCAGUACAUGGAACCCUGUGCAGAUCCGAAUGACGUUAGAUCUACGUUGGGACAUGUGAUUAAAGAUUUCGAAACAGAAGACGAUCGAAAAGCUUUGCAAAGUGGAGAAACGUCAAACAAAGAGUGGUCUCGGAACAACUUCCAACUGGAUGUGACGGAAUAUUUUGAGAGAAUCGACAGAAGAUUUUCUUCAAAGUGGCGCGACAAGAGCGCUGGCGACGACAUGGAUCAACAUCUUAUCUCUCCUCCGGAGACUGCAAUUAUUACGAAAAUUUCUUCCGAGGAGUCUGGGCUUUGGCCAGCCGAUGAAAGAUUGAAUUUAAAAUAUUUCCUGUCGGAUGGCACAACUGAAAAUCAACCGCUGCCCGAAUCGACUUAUAAACUCAAGAUGUGCAGAGUCCAUUUAGUAAGACUCAACGAGAGCCUUAUCGGCACCCAGCAUCGCCGUUGUUCCACAACCUGCGACAGCACUACACAAACGAUACUUAAAGACGUACAUCCGAACUAUCCUGUACUUCCGGUGAAGAUUGAAGCACCGGACCCAAAUUUACAUAUAGCAAAACUGAAAAGAGUUGAAAUCAAAUUGGUGAAAUUAGAACAUUUAGGAUACACGAUACCUUGUCCUUCUCGCGAACUAAGUACUCGGUUACUUCAGGAAAAAGCAUUUAAUUGCAACAUUUGUGAAAAAACGUUCCAUUCGAAAAACGAGAAGAAGGUUCACGUUAAAUCGUUUCAUGUUGCAUACAUGUCCAGUAUUUGUAGAGCGCGAUGCUCUUCGAAGCGGUUGCUGCUUUCUCAUUACCUCGAUCAGCAUCCCAUGUACAAAAAGAAUGGUUGUUGCAUUUGUCGGAAAAGAUUCGCUAAUCGAGAGAAGUUGAAGAAACACUUACUGAUGCAUUGCAUCAAGGUAAUCCGAUCGAAAGAUGACUGGCUCCCGAUAGACAUCGACACACGGUGCAACUUGAAGAAAAAAAUGUACAAGUGUUCCGGCUGCAGAAAAGGGUUCUGGUUAUCGACUUGCUUGAACGAACACGAGAAAGUUUGCAAAUCAAGGAAGAGACAAAUGGAAGAUAAACCGAACAAUAAGUCUGCAAAUGGGAAAUCAAAGGGCAGUCUUGUGAAAACGUACAAGGACCUGUUGCAGUUGCAGAGUCUUAGGGAAAGGAUAUUAUCAACGAUCGACGCGAAAGAAAGAGAAACAUCCACUACAAAAACUCCCCGAUCCCGAGGUUUGGAAGAACCGAACGACUCGAACCCUCCUCUUGGGCGGACCUCGGGAACUGCCUCUGUCGAAGUAGAAAGUAACGAUCGGUCCAAAUGUUCUUCACGGUUUCCAUGUGAAAUAUGCGGCACGCAGUUCCACACGUUAAAUAAUCUUCGGCGCCACGUGCAAACGUAUUUGCAGCUGCCGAGGGAAACUUGUUACAUCUGCGGAACCCUGUUCCCGAAUAGGAGGCGACUGAUGAUGCACGUGAAAAUAGCGCACGUAAACGACUCCACCGUAGUCUACAACUGGAGAUGCGAGAUCUGUAAUCAUGGGUUUGCUAAGAAGAAAAUCCUGCGGAUCCACGUGAUGCACACCCACUACAAUUGUAUGGCAACCGAGGCAAUGUUUAAGGAAGGGUCUGCGAACAUUAACGUCAAUCGCAUGACGUGUUACACGUGCGCCGUUCCAUUUAAAACCGAGAAUCUGAUGGUCGAUCACUUCGAACACUUCAACAAAGCUCUGGAGUGGUCUUGCGAGGUAUGCAAUAUCGUCGUCAAAGGGAGGUACGCAUUAGAGAAGCACAGGAAAUCGGAGCACUUCGGGGAGAUGCAACAGAGUUACAAUUUCAUGUGCGUGCUCUGUACGGAAAGGUUUCCGGAACUUCAGCAAUUGCGUGCCCACACGAUGCACGUGCACAGGCACGACGGCCGCCCGGCACCUCCGAUGAUAGGAACGAGUGCCGGUUUUCCUGGGGUACAUGAAAUCCCUACCAAACGUGAGGACGUUCCGACGACCGGCUUCGGGAAACACGUUUGCACGGUCUGCCAGUGGUCGUUCCCCGAGGAGGCCGAUUUGACUGCCCACGUGGACGAGAACUCCAACGACGGCGACUAUCAAUGCGACAGAUGCGGCAGAAGGUGCCGCACGCUUACUUUGCUGGAGGGUCACCUAGCCGCGAGUCAUGGAAACGACGGAACAAAUGACGAGCACGCCUGCCAUUUCUGCGGAGAAGUACUAAAGACCCACUCCUGUCUGAUAUCUCACGAGAAGCAUUUCCAUCCGGAGUCCCUUAACCAGCCCAUCGGCACCCACUCGACGCUAGAAGACCUGGCAAGACCGUCCCUUGAAUCGGUUCUGAAAGGCGCCCUCGCUCUUAACGACGACGAGUGCGUCAUCGAGGUCGGCAGCGAGACCGAUGGCGAGGCCACGAUACGAGCGGGCCAGCUGAAGUGUUCCGUGUGCGGACAGGUGUUCGAGAGCGAAUUUAUUUUGAUGAACCACUUGUUGGAGUACUCCAACGACGGUAAAUAUCCCUGCGACGUGUGCGACAGGAAGUUCGUAUGGGCGUCGCAUUUGGAAGAGCACAAGCGGAAACACGGCCAAUCGGACGACAAGUCCCUGGACUUUUGUUGUCCCGUUUGUCUCGAGGGAUUCGAGUCCAUGCUCGCGUUGAACGCCCAUGGGGUGCACUUACACGGGGGGGAAUUUGUCCACGCCGUGGUCGCGAGAAAUGCCGUCGACGACGCUCCGAAUGGGAAUCGUCCAGAGGACGAUGGGUUGGGGGCAACGACUGGAGAGGAGCUCGAUCAGUCGUCGGCGUUGCUGUACAAUGAUUCGACACCUCUGAUUAUACCAAACCGCGGGUCAGGCUUCCGAAAUACCGUGAAUGUAAUUCAUCCUAAAUUGUUAACGGGAGGCUCCACCACGAGCACGGAUAAUGCAGUUAUCGGGAACUAUAUCAAGUGCAGGACGUGUAAUCAGAAUUUCGCAAAUAAGGACAAUUUAGCGAAGCAUCAAAUGAGAUUUUGGAACGAGGGGAACUAUUCCUGCGAAAUAUGUGGGCGUAAGUAUCCUUGGCCAUCUCUGCUGAAAUACCACAAACGGAAACACAUCCCGAUGUAUACUAACUCCAUGAAGGAGAUGUGUCCCAUUUGCGGGGAGAAGUUUCACACGACCGCUUCCGCGAAAACGCAUAUCAUACAUUUGCAUAAGGGCUAUGACGUGGAUCCAAUCAAAUUAACGGGGAAUAAGCCUGGUUCCAACUCGAAAAACGUCGACUCGAGUCGGAUGCGACAUCCGGUAAAUUCGAAGGUCGGGAAAGACUCUCCCAAUUUAAAUCCCGUCUUCAGCAGCGUCGAUUUCGUUAACGAGAGCCAAGAAGAGAGUCAAAUGUUCGAGCUCGACGCGGACACCACGAAGGAGGACUGUAAGGAUCCUCUUGCCCUCGAUGAUAUCUGUAAAGUCGAAGAACUCGCAGAUGCUCUGAAUGCCGGAGACGUUUCGCAAAGUGGCUCGUUCUCGGGAAACGCGGAAAUGCCCGCGAACGUUUCGUUACCGGAAUCUACCGCAGCUGUAAGCAGCGAAGCUUCGAGUUCUUCGGGCAAAUAUAAAUGUUUCAUGUGUUCGGGAGAAUACGCGACCGUCAGCAAAUUUCAAUUUCAUCUUGAGACGGUCCAUUCUCAUUAUGCCAGCCGCUCUUUUCACUCCGCACGCAUGAAGACCAGCGGGGCUGUCCUGAACAGGAUGCAAGAGGAGCUUGCAACCCCUGGAACACCAGAAAACCUCACCUCUAUCUUGAAGCAAGCUCUGACUGCUCCGUGUAUUUCCGAUCCUUGCUUUUGUGAAUCCUGUAGACAAAAAUUCCCAGAUCAGCGGACCAGUUGCAUCGGGGAUGUUCCACUAGGACAAGUCUGCGAUAUUUGCGGCAUGUCCUUCGACAAUGGCUACCUCUGCAAGAAGCACAAAGAGAGCGUUCACGCUCGACGGACGGAUGCUGCGGUAGGAGAUCAAGAUCGGAAUCGUUCGAGCCAAGAUCACCCUGUCCACGAGGACGACCGGAGGGCACCGAGACGAAUCGUCUCAGGACCGGUUGAAAUUACGGAUGUCUACGAGGAAAUCGAAAUUGUCGACCCCAUGUCCCAUAACGCAGGGAAUAACGCGGAAGACGUUUCCUCGAAGACGUCCGCACCAGACGGUCCGAGGGAUGGGACGAUUUUGAAAGUGCUUCGCCACGGCGCCGUUGCGAAGAAACAGCAAAUGGGUAAACUCAAGGUUAAACCUUUCGCCAAGAUUGUGGAAAAUUUAACCAUCGGUAGCCUGUCCAAAAGGAAGAGCAGCGCGGAUGGGUACAUCCACGGUGAGACCGGAGCGGGACCCAGUAACGACCGAAACUUCUUCCAACCCACUUUGGAAGCGGCUACACGGUCGGAUUACUCCAAGAGGAAUCCCUUAUCACACAAUGUACCGAAGAGGAUGCACUCCCUGGACGAGGGGGCAGGAAACCACUACUACGAUCACACGUAUCACCGUUCAAAGUUGCAAGAUUCGGCCGUGGGACGCACCCGCGGUGCUACCUCUAAACCUCCCGACUCGAUUUCAUCCCCACACGUUAACGUAUCUCGAGAAUCGGUGAUUACGUCGACCGCAAAUCCGACUUUGUACUCUGCCCCGCUCAACUUGGUCGUACCAUCGAAAAGUUAUGCCACGUCCGAAAAUCCAGUGGUCACUUCGGUGAUUAACCCGCGACCAGACCCGACAGACAACGGCCCCGAAUCAGCUGAUCCGCGAAAAGCCACGCCAGAGAGUCGCGAAUUGGUCGCGACCAAUUCAAACGUCAUAUACAAGUGCCAGAUUUGUUUAGUCCAUUUUACCGACAAAAGUAAAUGGGACAAGCACGCGAGCACUCGUUGCUGGUUGUUUCGGUGUGCAACGUGCAAGAUGAGCUUUGCGGACGACCGUUCGUUGCAGAAACACUUCAGGGAGCACUUCUCGAGGACGUGCCAAGUGUGCAAGAGCGUCUUCUUCAGUUGCAAUGCAUUCGAAGAGCACUCCAAGUAUUGUUACAACUCUCCGGCUUUUGCAGUCGAGCGGCUUUGUAGAGUAUGUAACAGGGUCGUUCCUCCAGGGGUCGACAUGCAAAAUCACAUCUUCAUGCACAAAACCAAGUUGAUCAAGUGCGGUAUCUGUAAGCGGCAGUUCGACACCGUAUCCGAUGCGGCCACGCAUUUCAGGAUUUUCCAUCAACCCUUCCGAUGCAACGUUUGUAAAGCUUGCUUCGUCGAAAAGGAGACUCUGGCGACACACAUUAAGGAUGUCCACGACCCACAAGCUCGAGUGUGCUUCUGUGCCGUGUGCAAGGUUGGCUUUCGUUCUUGGGUGGACUACAACGUGCAUUCGUGCGACAUUUGUUAGUAAGGCAAGAACCCUUUCGCUUUUUAAAUCCCUAGCCUAAGGAAACCCCUUGAGAACAAGUGAACUGUUGCGGACGUAGGGUCUACGGAUCUGUCGCGAUCGGGCAGAGCUUUUUAUUUUAUCUUUUGCUACAUUAAUUGCGUCGUGCGAUAAGUUGUACGAAAUUUAUCUUAUGAUACCCUUGUUCGGUAUACUAGAUGCAACGAUGAAAUAUGAUUUAUAAUAUGAUCGAUUAUGAUUUGUAUACUUGAGACGGUAUCGGUUUUAGCUCGCGAUUGCACUACGUUCAACGAGGCAAAGUAACUACAGGUAGUACGGGAUCGUUGAACCUAAGACAAUUAUAUGAGAGUACGUAGGGGUUGCUCCGUAAUUAAAUGUACCGAAAAAUUAUUUCGAUUUCUAGAUAGCACCGCAAAAUAUAUGCAAAGCACCUGGUUUUUAAGCAUUAGAUAUGCGAUUAUCUGGGCGUAAUACCGAAAUGUUACUGUAUUAUUUAUCCAAUAAUAUAUCUUCGCGCGCGUAACGUAUUUUAAAGUUGCAUACCGCAUACUCAUUAAUUAAAUGGUACGUGAACUCGAAUUAAGUUCUCAAAUCAUCGUUUAGAGGUAGGGAUAUCGUACUCGUUCCACGGAUACUUGGAAAUUUGUAAAAAGACUAAUAUUAAAUAAACAGCUCCGAUAAUAUGAGCUUCCAUAAACGUUCCAUCGUAGAGGGAGGGAAGGGGAGUUCUUCUACAAUUACAUUUCGCAUUUAUUUCCAUUACUUGAAAAUAUCAUCGGUAAGGCAUAACGAUUGAAUAUUUUUUAUUCUCCAUCUCA